CCUAAUUUCAUCUCUUCUCUGUUAUUGAUUCUGUUAAAAAUCUCACCUUUCAUUUCAAAAUCCUUCCAGAGUUUUGUGAUAUGCCUACUUGGUGGGGAAGAAAGUCCUGCAAGAACAAGGACGAUAAUCACAAAGGAAUUAUAUCCACAGAUAGAGAUAUCAAGAGCUCUGUUGUUGUUGUUGAUCCUCCUCUCACUCCUACUCGUGUUGGUACACCUCGUUGUAGUCGUGAAUUCGCCGGAGCUUCUUCUGGUUUCUCUGGUUUUGACUCUGAUUCUACCGAGAAGAAAGGUCACCCUCUUCCUCGUCCUUUGCUCUCUCCUGUUUCGAUCCAUCAUCAAGAUCAUGUAAGCGGAUCCACUUCUGGAUCUACCUCUGUUUCUAGCGUUAGCUCUUCUGGAUCAGCUGAUGAUCAGAGUCAACUUGUUGCUUCUAGGGGUCAUGGUGAUGUGAAAUUCAAUGUAGCAGCAGCACCACGUAGCCCUGAGAGAGCUUCUCCAAAGGCAGCUACUGCUACUAUUAGGCCAACGUCUCCUCUGCAUCAGCGAUUGUCUGGAGUUGUGAGCUUAGAGUCUUCUACAGGGAGGAAUGAUGAUGGAAGGUCCUCCUCUGAGUGUCACCCUUUGCCUCGACCACCUACUUCUCCUACAAGCCCUUCUGCUGUGCAUGGUUCCUGGAUUGGAGUAGGCUACGAGACAACCUCUCCUUCGGGGUUUUCCAAGUGGAAAAAAGGGAAAUUUUUGGGGAGUGGCACCUUUGGCCAAGUCUAUCUUGGGUUCAACAGUGAGAAAGGGAAAAUGUGUGCUAUCAAAGAGGUCAAGGUCAUUUCUGACGACCAAACGUCAAAAGAAUGUCUAAAGCAACUAAAUCAGGAGAUAAAUUUGCUUAACCAGCUUUGUCAUCCAAAUAUCGUCCAGUAUUACGGAAGUGAACUGAGUGAAGAAACCUUGUCCGUCUACUUGGAGUAUGUGUCAGGUGGUUCAAUCCAUAAACUACUUAAAGAAUAUGGUUCUUUCACUGAACCUGUUAUCCAAAACUACACGCGGCAGAUUCUCGCUGGGCUUGCCUAUUUACAUGGACGAAAUACAGUACAUAGGGACAUCAAAGGAGCAAAUAUAUUAGUGGAUCCGAAUGGUGAAAUCAAGUUGGCAGACUUUGGGAUGGCCAGACAUGUAGCAGCCUUUUCUACUAUGCUUUCUUUCAAAGGGAGUCCUUACUGGAUGGCACCCGAGGUUGUGAUGAGCCAAAAUGGUUACACUCAUGCAGUCGAUAUCUGGAGUUUGGGUUGUACUAUUCUCGAAAUGGCAACAUCAAAGCCACCUUGGAGCCAGUUUGAAGGGGUUGCUGCGAUUUUCAAAAUCGGAAACAGUAAAGACACCCCAGAAAUACCUGAUCACCUUUCAAACGAUGCAAAAAAUUUUAUAAGGCUUUGUCUGCAACGAAAUCCGACAGUACGUCCUACAGCUUCUCAGCUUCUAGAACACCCUUUUCUACGUAAUACAACAAGAGUAGCUAGUACUAGCAUACCCAAAGAUAACUCCCCAGGUUCCCAUGAUGGAAGCUUCUCACUGCCAAAAAGGGAAUCCUAUCCAGGGAGACUAAGCCAUGAUAAUUACCCAAGACAACCAUUGUCUAGAACUAUAAAGAGCCCAAGCAGAGAAAACGUAAGAGCUAUCACAUCCUUGCCAGUAUCUCCAUGUUCAAGCCCUUUACGCCAACUUGGGCCUGCAUACAAAAGUUGUUUCCUGUCGCCUCCUCACCCGUCUUACGCAUUUCCUGGUCAAGACAGUGGGUACAACCUAGCAGAGUUUGCUGCAAGCCCUUUCAGGAUGAAGAAAGACAAAAUGAUGGAACCAUCUAGUUUCAGGACUCAAACACCGAAUUCACCCUUGAGAUCAAGACUGGUAUAGAAAUGGAGCAAAGAUUGAGAGACCGAAAGCCACAUACGAUAAACAAGGCCCAAGGACCAUGUAUAAAACAGUGUUCCCCCU